GUCAUAAAGAACUCUUCUUUGCUCGGUGGAUGUUAGAGCAGAACCCUCAGACACCCAGAAGUCAGAGCAGCAGACAGAACUCUGGAUAUGGCUCAGAGAAGAGACACAAGCAACAUGCACAUUGGCUGCAGCCUAUCAGUCACACCUUGGAAUGUCCAUUGUGAGGUCACACAGAGUCAUAGCCUUGAGCAGAAAACUCUUCAGCAGAGAGGGGCAUGGGGUUGAAUGAUGGCGCCAAUAUGGGGGCUGGCCAUCCCUUUGCCAUCCUAUCUCAGCCUUUCACUAUUAUCUGGUCUUCUUGCUUGUGGUGUUUUGGUGCUGUUUUUUAGUUAUCAGCGUUCAAAGCAGGUGGCAGCCAAAACAGAUUCAAAGACUUCAAAGCAGGAUAAACUGAAAAAGGCACAUAAACUCACAGCUCAACAGUUGGAAGAAAACAUGAUGGGUUGGAUCGAAGCUCACAUGACAUGUAUUUCAGGAUUCCCUGUGGGCUGGACCCAGGAAUAUAUACUCUGGUCAAUGGACAGAAGUCUUCAACAGAUCUUCCAACACCUGGAAAAUGCAAGAUCAAGUCUUAUACAACUGGGUUUACAAGAACCCCCGGAUAUGAUUUCUUCCACCACCUCCUCCAUUCUUGUGGCUCAGGAGACUGUAGUACCCCCUUGUGACUGUAAGAAGGCAGAAUGUUCCGCUGACCACAGCUUCUCCUCUGGAUCAUCAGCCAGUAACUCCAAACACUCCUGCCUUUCUGUCUUUUCUGAAGGAAAAUCCUUGCAAUUCCGGAGCAGUAAAUUAACUCUCACCCCCCAAAAACCACUGUCGGUGUUCAAGAACAAGGGCACAUCCCUGCCUCCUUUUCAGUCAUCAGAAUCUGAGAAAUCAAACCUUCUGCAGAAUUUGGCAACUCUUUCAUCUUUACCAUCUCAAAGUUCUUUGAUCAGCUCUGUUUUAGAACCACUCAAUCUCUGCAAACAAGAAAAAACAAAAGAUGCAAGGAGCAAGAGAUAUUCCACAUCAGACAAUGGGCCAAAUUCUAUUUCCAAGAAGACACAAAUCCCCGCAGAGACUCCAAUCAGGCUCCCUUCUUUGGUUAAGGGGGAGCUAGAAGGACAUAUGUCUUGGAAGGUUUGUACUUUGCAGAAACAAAUAGUGCCUCAGCCUGUGAAGGAAUCAUGGGCAAUACUGAAUUAUUUAACUGAAGUACAAGGAGUUCCUAAAACAGAUAAAAUCCAAACCCAGUUAUCUAUGCCCACUGUUCAAAACACUGAACAAAAUACCAAUAAUAAAUCCCCAGACCUUUCAUCAUCAUUUCAGCUUCAUGUGAACAUUGGAGUGGAAUCCAGAUUAAAUAGGACAGAAACAAAAAUUUCACAAUCCUUUAUCUCAGGGAAGCAGUCACAACCUGGGGAUGGCCCCCAAAUUCUGGAAUCCAAGACUUCAUUUAUGUCAGUGGGCACUCAAUCUUCUAGAAGUCUAGGAGUGAAUAUAAUUGAAGAGGAAACCACAAUAUUAAAGGACCCAAAACAAAUGCUGGGACUUAGUAUAGAGCAGAGAAUUAUAGAUCUUACAGAAAAAAGGAUACAGCAACAUAAAGCACAAGUGACUAAUGUGGAGUCAACUCCAAAGUUACCAUAUCGAGCCACAGAUAGCCUAAAGGUAACUCCAUUGGCAUUGCUUAAGGUUAUGAAUUCAAUGGGGAUGGUUUCAGAAUCAUCACAUCCAGAAGUGAUGGAAUCAGAUCAAAUUGUGAAACCAACAGAAGCCAUGGAGAUGGUGAACAUAACCCCAAAACCACUAAAUCGAGCCAUUGAAUCAGUGGCAAAGGUAACCUCAAGUCCUCAGCACCAUGUUAUUGAAUCAGAGAGUAAGGUCCCAGGAACAUGGAAUCAAGUCACAGAUAAUGUGAAGGUAACUCCUUUAGCAUUGCUUCAAGUCAUGGGAUCUAUGGGGAUGAUUAACAAACCACAUCCACGUGUCACAGAGACAGUAGAAAUGAUUCCAGGGACACUACUUCAUCAAGUUCUAGAGUCAGAUAAGAUGGACACAUGGUUGGACCACCAAGCCAUAAAACCAGAACAGAUGAGUACAAGGCUACCAUAUAAAGUCACGGAAACUAUCAAAAUAACUCCAGGACCACAACAUAAAGUCACAAAAUCUGUGAGCUUGACCUCAGGGUCACAAAGUCAAGCAAGUGAACAAGUGAAGAUGAUUCCAGGGCCACCUAUAAAUCAGAACAAAAAAUUGUUGGAUAUGAUUUCAACAUCACAUGAAGUCAAUGAUUGCAAAGUAACUCCAGUGGCAUUAUUGAAAGCUAUGGAUGUCAUGGGGCUAACUGCAUUAGCACAGACACAUGCUGUAGGAGCUAGAGAUUUGACUCCAUUUUCACAGCCUCAAAUUGAAAAUCUGACUCCAAGCCCAACUCAGCCAGAUAGUUUAACUUGUUCCUCUAGCUCUCCUACUUCUGUUGCCCCAGUAGGAGUUGCAGAAUCUGGGGCAAGGAUAAUUUUAACACAAUCAGAUCCACGCAUACAUUCUUUAAAUACAACCCCAAUGGCACUGUGGGCACCCAAGGAAAUGAUUACAGCACCACAAUCACAAGUUUUAGAAUCUCAUGAUUUGACCCUGAUACCAAUAUCUCAAGUCAAAGAAUCUAAGGCAUUGACUCCCUGGUUACAGAAUAAAGGACUAGACUCUGUGGAGGAGAGUCUACAACCACAACACCAAGCCGCUGAGUCUGCAGCAUCAGUCCCAGAACCUCAUCAGGUCAUAGACUCUUCCAGAUUGAUCCCACAGCAUCAAAUACUUAAGUACUCAGAAGGGAGUCCAACAUUAAGCCCUAAGGUUGCAGAAAAUAUAGAGUUGACCUCUAACACAUGGCUACACAUGGGAAAGCUUGUACAGUUGAAUGAUUCACAGCACCAAAUAAUAGAGUCUGUAGGAAUAAUCCCCAGGUCACCAGGUCAAGGAACAGAAUCUGUAGAAAUGAAACAAAAAUCACCACAUCAAGUCACAGAAUCCCCAACACUGACUAACACAUCUCUGCUUCAAGAUGCGAACUAUACAGAAGUAAAACCAAUGCCACAGCUUAAGGUUAUGGAUGAUAUGAAGCUAUCCCUAGAACUGAAAACCGUAAAAUCUAAGAAUCUGGCCCUGCAACCAAAAUUUUCAAGUAUAAAAUUUACAGACAUAACUACAGGUUUAGACUCACAAAUGCUAAAAUGUAAACAGAUGAUCCCAACUGUGGAUUCUAUAGAUUUAGCUCCAGUUCCUAAACAGGAAAGUGCAAAAUUGGAGGAAUUAGCCAUCACACUACAGCUACACAGUGGAAAAUGUGAACAGACCACCCCAAGGUCUCCAUCUCAAGGUGUGAAAUCUAUCCAACUGACCCUAGGACCACAGCUGCAAACUGUAAAAUCUGCUGAGUCAGCCUCAGCACCACAGCUGCAGAACAGAACAUCUACAGACUUGACCACUAGCUCACAGAUUCAAGGUAUGAAAUACGAUAAUUUGUCUCAAUCACCAGAGUUUCAAGAUCUAAAUGCUAUGGAGUUGGCUCUGACACCACUGUUGAAAGACAGAAAAUCUGUAGCCCCAAUACCAAGCUUACAAAAUAUCAGAUUAGAGAAGAAAGUUCCAGGACCAUUGCUUGAAGAUGUGAAAAUUCCUGAACUGGGAGAAUACAGCAGGGUAAUUCCUGCAACACAGGUGCAAGAGAUGAAACAUAAGGAAUUGAUCUCAGGGAUAAACUUUCAAGCAGUCAAAUCUGAAGACAUUAAUUCAAAACCAUUUAAUCAAGCCACAGGACUUGAAGGACUGAGGCCUCACAGUUCAGAAAAAUUACAAAUGGCCUCAGAGCCAGAAUAUCAAGGGACAAAAGCAAACUUGACCACUGACCCUUGCCACCUAGUGAAAGAAUCAAUUGGUCAAUUACCUUUAGGAAUUACCCCAAGGCCAUUAAGUCAAACUUCAGGAUCUAUGAAGAUGACCUCAGUGUCACUCCAAGAUACUGUUGACAAAACACCCCAACUUGUAAAAGCAAUGGGGGAAACUCUAGAGUCACAACAUGAAACAAAAGAAUCUCUGGAUUUGAAUCCAGAAUUAGAGAUACAGAGUGUAAGAUUAGAGGUGUUGACCCCAGAGCCACAGUCCCAGGAUAUUAUUGUUCAUCUGAAAGUAGAACCAUGUUCAAAAGCUACCAAGUUGUCAGAGAUAACCCUCCAGUCAGAAUAUGAUGACAACGAAACUGUGAGAAUGGCAUUACCUGAAGUUGAUAACCUGGUGGCCAUUCCAGAGCCACCAUAUUCAGAAAUAGGAUCUCUGGAGUUAGCUCUAGGACCAGGGAUGGGAUAUGGGAAAUCAGAAUCACCACAGCAAAAUUGGCAGCCAAAGAAAAUAAUCUCUGAGUCAUCCCCAUUUAUGGUGGGAUCUAAAAAGUUAUUUACAGAACCAAGAUCACAUGCUAUGGACGUGGCCCAAGGGGCACAGCAGCUGGGAAUAAAGUCCACGCAACUGGAUCCUGAGGCACAAUCACAAGAUGAAAAAUAUGUCAAUGUAAUCCAACAGUCAACUAUAGGAGUGGUAGAAUCUGAGGACCUGAUACUACAGUCAGCACAGCAAAGAAAGUUGUUGGAGGAAUUGACUAAGGGAGCACAGUUCCAAAAUCUAAGCCUACAGCAGGCAAAUAUCCAAUCUUACGAAUUAACCCUGGGGCCACAGUUGCAAAGUGUCAGAUUUUCAAAGUUUCCUCCAGAGUCACUUUUAAAAGGAGAAAAACCUUUUGAUUUAGUAUCGGGGCCCACCCAUUAUGACAUGAAAUCUGAUGAACUGAUCUCAGAUUCCUCAAUGCUAGAAAGCAAAGUGUCAGGACCAAGGCAACAAAGUACCAGAAUUGAACAACUGAUUCCAGAGCCACAAUGUGAAGGUAUGAAUUUUGUGGAACUAAGCCCAGGACCAUGCUUGCAAGACAUCAAAUUUUCUGACUUGACUUCAGGACCAAAGCUUCAAGGUGUCAAGUUUGGGGAGGACACCCCACGAUCAAGAGUUUAUGGUGGGAAUUCUGUGGAGGCAACUCCAGAAUUAGGACUGCAUGAUUCCAAAUUUGUAAAGAUAUCUCCAAACAUUCACAUGAAACAGGUGGGACUUAACUCAGGGCCAUGCCUACAAGAUGUCAAAUUUUUUGAUUUGACACCAGAAAUUCAGCCUCAAGGUAUGAAAUCAUCUGAAUUAAACUCAGGGCCACAGCUCCAAUGUGUAAAAUUUUCAGACUUGACUUCAGAGCCAGAGAAGCAAGGAGUAACAUCUGCUCAAUUAACUCCAAGACCAGAGAGGCAAGGGAUUAAAUCAGAAUCGUUAGAACCAGAAUUACUGUUACGGGGUAUAAAACUUGUAAUGGCGAACCAAAUGCCAAACUCUGAAGGUAAAAUGUCUUGUGAAUUAACCUCAGAGGCACGGAAACCGGGUAUAGAAUCUUUGGUGUUGGUUCCUGGACCACAGUUGCCAAAGCUAAGCUAUUCUGAGUUUACCAGAAGACAAAAGUUACAAGAAUCUAAAUUGAUCCAGGGAUCAAAGAUGAAAGUUGUAAAACUUGUGGAGCAGACCCUGGUCUCAAAUCUUCAAGGUUUAAAAUCUAAGCAGUUUCCUUCAGAGUUGCAAUCAGCAGAUAAGAAAUCUGUGAUGUUAAACCAAGGACAUUAUUUAGGAGGUAUAAAAUCUAUGCAGUUAAAACCAAAACCAAAGUUGGGAAAUGUCAACUCUGUGAUGUUAACCUCAGCGACAGAGGCAGGAGGUGUGAAACCUGGGGAACUAAUUGUGGACUCAAACCUUCAAGGUUUAAAACCCAAGAUGCUAACAUCAGGAUUACAGUUUGGGGGUCUGAAAUCUGUGCCCUUAACUGCAGGGCCUAAUGUGGAAAGCACAAAAUCUAAGGAGAAAACCCCAAGGCCACAGCUAGAAGGUUUGAAAUCUGUGGAGAUAAUCCUAGGACCAGACAUAGAUGUCAAAUCUGUAGAAACCACUCUUGAUUGCCAACAUGAAGAUGUUAAAUCUAUGGAGUUGACCCCAAGUUCAAAAAUUCUAGAUUUUAAAACUAUGGAGUUGGUCCCACAUACACAAUUGCAAGAUGCAAAAGCUAUGGAAUUAAAACUUGGGCCAAAGAUGCCAAGUGAAGAUUCUGCAGCGUUUGUACCAGAAUUGCUUCAAAGUGUGAAACUUCCAGUGCAAGCCAUGAAGUCUAAGGAAUUGAUUUCAGAGUCACAAAUGCAAGAUAUGAAAUGUGUGGAGAAUACUCCAAGUUUAAAGCUCCAAAGUUCAAAACCUAUCAAGGAGAUUCCAGAUCCACAGCUGCAAAGUAAAAAAUCUGUGAAAAUUCACCCAAGGCCAAGGAGGCGGAUAAUAAAGUCUGUGGAUGUGACCACAAGACAAGGGUUUCAAGGAGCAAACUCCAUGGGUUUAAACCUAACACAACCAUUUCAAUGGAGGACACCUAUUGAUUUAACUCCUGGUACUGAACAGCAUAGUCAGAUAUCUGUAAACACACCAGAGCGGACAUGUGUGGAUUUAGAACAAUUGAACACAGGGUCUGAGUCAGAAGGGAUAGUACCUUCAGAGUUAAUUCCAAAGCCACAAUCUAAAGAUGUAAAAUCUACAGACCUCGACAAUGCACAGCAGUGGGAAAAUGCUAAAUUACUGGAAUUGGCUGAAGAGUUUGAAUGUGAAUCAGAGUUACAAAGUUUGAAAUCUCCUAAGUUGACCCUGGGACUACAGUUGCACCAAGUGAAACCUAUAGUAUUAAUUUCAGAGCCACAGCUUACAGGUGUGAAAACUGUGGAAUUAAAUGAAGAACCACAGACUAGACGUAUGAAAUCUAUACAGUGGAUACCAAGGCCUGGGUUACAGGAUGUAAAACCUGUAAGACCACAUAUUCGAUCACAAUCUCUAGAUGUCAAAUGUGCAGAGUUUAAACCUUUCAUGAAGAUGGGAAGUGUUAAGUCAUCUGAACUGAUUGACGGACCCAAAUUUCCAGAUGUAAAACCUACUGAGAUGUCUCCAGGAUCAGAGCUGCAAAAAGAUAAACUGCUGUUAACCUCAGAGCCACAGCUUCAAAGUACAGAAACUGUGGAGUUAAGCCAGUUUGGAAGUAUGAAAUCUAUUCAGUGGAUACCAGCACCUGAGUUCCAGGGUAUGAAAUAUAUAGGAUUAAAUCUUGGAUCACAAUCUCUAGAUAUCAAAUCUGCAAAUUUGAAGUACUCGACACAGUUGGAAAGUGUGAAGUCCUCUGGAUUGACUGUGCAGUCCAAACUUCAAGAUCUGAAAAGUAUACCAUUUCCUGAUUUCAUCAUGGGGACCAAGAUUCAAGAUGUCACAUCUACAGACCCCAAACCUGGGCCACUGUUGCAAGAUAUGAAAUCUUCUGAGUCAAUGCCAAGUAUAAAGCUUCAAGAAAUGAAACUGACAAACUUUACUUCAGGUCCACAGUUGGAAGAUGUGAAAUCAUCUAGGUUGGUCAAGGGUAUAGAGCUUCAGGAUAAAAAAUAUGUGGGUUUCUGUUCUGGACCACGAUUACAAACUGUGAAAUCUUCUCAACCGACCCCAGGGGGAAAGGUUCAAGGUGUGAAUUUGGUAGAAUUCAAAUUUAGGCCAAAGUUACAAGGUGAUUUGACUCUGAAGGAGAAGUUUUCAGAUGUGAAAUCUGUAAAGCUGAACUCAAGUCUACAGUUGCAAUUUGGGAACUCUGAGCAGAUCACGGAUAUGAAGUUUCAGAACAUAAAACCUAUGGAUUUCAGUUCUGGAACAUACUGUAAAGGAACCAGAGCUCAGGCUCGAGGGAGAAUCCCAUCUACUCAUCCCACGAACAGAAGCUCGCCCUGGGAUGAGAAACUCACCCACAAGGAGCGAAGCCACCGCGGCUCCGGUAGAGAGAGAGUGUCCCGGAAUUCCUCCGAGAGGAACUGGCAGAGUCUCUCUGACAAGAGCCAACACUUUCCCUCUGAGAGGAGCCAGUGCAGUCCCUCGGAGAGAACCCUUCGCAGUCUCUCGGAGAGGAACCACCGCAGUCGCUGUCGACGAAACCACCGCAGCCCCUCCGAGAGGACCCUGCAAAGUCUCUCGGAAAGGGGCCAUCACAGUCCCUUGGAGGGGAGACGAGGCGCUGCCGCUGAGAAGAGACGUCCCCGAGAAGGGCUCCAUCGGAGCCGCUUCACGGAGUGGAGCCCGCGCUGUCCCUCAGAGAGGAGCCACCUCAGUUCCUCAGAGAGGAGACACCGCAGUCCCUCGGAGCCCAGCCUCAGCAGUCCGGCCUCUGAGAGGAGGAGAAACUGCAGCUGCGCGGGGAGGACCCGGCCCGGCGCCUGCGAGAGAGGCUACCACAGUCCCCGCUCGGAGCGGAGCCGGCACAGCCAUUCGGAGAGGAGCUGGUACAGUCACUCCGAGAGGAGCCAAAGCUGCCCCACUGAGAAAGUCCCCCAUAGUCCUCCCAAAGAGAGGCUCCAACACAGUUCACCUAAGCGGAGGCCCAGGCACGGGGUAUCGAAAGAUGUCAGGAGUUGCUCCAAUACGCCUCCAAGAAACCACACCAAAAAACCUCAAAGCAGAGAAAGUUUGGAGGCCUGA